AUGAUCAUUGACCCUAUGCAUAAUCUGUUUCUCGGAACUGCCAAGAGAAUGAUGGAUAGAUGGGUUGCAGAUGAAAUAAUCGCUGACAAGAAACUCGCUGCCAUGCAAAAAUCUGUCAAGAAAAUUGUGCUGCCUCCAGAUUACACAAUGUUGCGAAACAAGAUUGGCAAGGGAUUUCCUUACAUGAAGGCUGACGAGUGGAAGUCUAUUUGCAAAGAAGACAUCGAAUCAGCACACACGCAUCUACAACAAUUCUGUCACAAGUGCAAGAGUUUAUACAAACUCGAUCUUCUCUCACCUAAUAUGCAUUUGCAUCUUCAUCUUUGGCAAACCAUCGUAGACUUUGGUCCCGUGUAUAGCUACUGGUUAUUUAGUUUUGAGAGGUACAACAGUAUCUUAAAGAAUAUCCAGACAAAUUGUAAGAGUGGAUUUGAGCUGACAUAUAUGAGAAGAUUUGUGGAAGAGACAUACAAAGCAGAUGUUGUUGAUCACGUUAUGGGCAUUGCAGAUAUUCACAGUUAUCUUGAUAUUUUCAAAAAAAAUCCUCAACAACAUUUGUUCUUUUCUUUUUCUCUUACCGAAUUUGUGGCUAUAACACAAGAUGAAUCAAGAAUGGUUAAAGGAAACGAGCCCCUACCACCGGCAACUUUUCCUUUGGUAGUUAAAUCUAUAUCAGUAAUGCCAGAGCAUGAGUACAACUGUCUUGUAGAAUACUACCAAGUUGUCUACAAUGACUAUAAUAUUUCAUGUUGCAAAAAAGCAAUGACCAGCCCAGCUUUUGUGAAUGACAGAAUUGAGGUGCUCAAGUCAAUUGAGAUUCUCAGGCAAGUAUACAAAGGAUGCAAUGGCAAUGGACAUGGUUCGUAUAUCCAAGCUUUGUUUCAAGAAAAUAGAACAAAUGCACGUUAUGGUUAUGUUGGUGAAAUUCAAUACAUCUUAGUACACACCUUCUCUCCAUCAACAACCACUCUCUUAUCAGCUAGCUACAACAACCAGCAUACUUUUGAUUUUGUCAGAUGGUUUAAAACAACAUCAGAUAUGCAUAGACAACCCGAAGAUAUUGAAAUCUACCAUGACAACUUCUAUAAAUUAGACUUUCAAAGUAUACUGCCCAUCCAUCGUACACUUCUGCCAGUAGCAAUCAUUGACUACAAAACCAGACGAAAUGUCAAUAGAAAGAUUGCAAUUCCUUUGCCACAAAAAAAUUAUGCUUAA